AUGGCAGGCUGGUUCUCAUCCUCGUCCCCGCUCGAUGAACAGAUCGAGCGGGCGACAGGUUCUUCGCUGGAAGAUAUCGCUCUAAACUUAGAGAUUUCCGAUAUGGUACGGUCAAAAAGUGUCCAGCCGAAAGAGGCCAUGAGGUCCUUGAAGCGCCGACUGGAAAACCGAAACCCGAACAUCCAGAUAGCGACAUUGAAGUUGACCGAUACAUGUGUCAAAAACGGAGGCACCCAUUUCCUGGCCGAGAUUGCUUCACGUGAAUUUAUGGAUAACUUGGUUUCUUUAUUGAAAUCUGAGGGAGCUCCCUUAAAUCCAGAUGUUCAGCGUAAAGUGCUGGAGUUGAUUCAAAAUUGGGCUAUGGCAGCUCAGGGUCGCAUGGAUCUGAUAUACCUAGGAGAAACAUACCGUAAACUCCAAAGUGAAGGGUUUCAAUUUCCGCCAAAAACAGAAAUGAGUGGUACUAUGUUGGAGAGCGAUGCUCCACCGGAAUGGAUAGAUUCGGAUGUCUGCAUGCGAUGCCGAACUGCCUUUAGCUUCAUGAACCGUAAACACCACUGCCGGAAUUGUGGCAACGUCUUCGAUGCACAGUGCUCCAGCAAAAUGAUUCCGCUUCCACACCUCGGAAUAUUGCAGCCAGUUCGGGUUGAUGACGGCUGCUACACUAAACUGACAUCCAAAGCCUUUACCCCAUCAGGGCUAUCAGAUCGAUCUGCAUUCAAGAAUCACUCCAUAACGAAAUCAGCCUCCAUGGAGCCUCGUGGCGCCAAGGCAGACAACAGUUUUGAUGACGAUCUUAGGCGUGCAUUGCAGAUGAGUCUUGAGGAAGCGGAGGGCCGAGGACCCUCGGGAUACGUGCCUCAAACUGGCAACGUCCCUGAACCGACUACAAUAUCCUCCGGGCCGACCAAUGUAGAAGAGGAGGAUGCAGACCUGAAGGCAGCAAUCGAGGCAUCGUUGCGUGAUAUGGAGCAGCAUAAGCAGAACCAUGCUGCUGCCUUGAAAAACAAUCCGGCGCCCAACGAUACAUUUCGCGACUCUUCAAGCACCCCAACACCACUCCCGAAAAACCCAUAUGAGCUUAGUCCUGUCGAGACGGAGAACAUUCACCUAUUUUCCACUUUGGUUGAUCGAUUACAGCACCAACCCCCAGGAACUAUUCUUCGAGAGCCACAGAUUCAGGAGCUCUAUGAUAGUAUAGGUACACUUCGACCUAAAUUAGCCCGCAGCUACGGUGAAACUAUGAGCAAGCAUGACACCCUGCUUGAUCUCCAUGCAAAGCUAUCAACUGUUGUUCGUUACUACGAUCGGAUGUUGGAAGAGAGGCUGUCCAGUGCCUACUCCCAACAGAAUCUCGGAUAUGGCGCCGCUGCAGCUGUUCCUCAAUACCCAAACAUGCCAGCGCUACCUGCCCAGGCACCGGAUAUGAAGUCUGGGGCUGAGAACUUUUACUAUGGAAAUGCUCCCGAGCCAUCUUAUGCUGCCACUGCCGGCUAUGCGCCUCCAGCAAUGAAUAACAACUCAUAUGAAGCAACGCCUAGUAGUAUCACGAGUCCCGUGUAUCCAACACAGGCUUAUCAUGGACACUCAAUGAAUGAACCGCACAACACUGCAUGGAACCAAAAUCCAUAUCCAUCACUGACUUCGCCCCUACCCCAAAGUGGUACCGCCGGAUCUACUGGCCCAUCGCCUUACUAUGCAGCUCCCCCAGAACAAGAUCCCAACCAGUCGCAAUUUUCUGAGGUUCCUUACCAACCCUCACCUAUUAUGCGACGAGACUCCCAAUACCAAGCUAGUGCACCUCCAGGGGUUUCGACAUCAAACAUCCCAGAACCGCACUCAUCCGAGCAUAUCCAAUCACCUGCAUACUCGACCAUGGCGCCCGCACUGCAUCAACAGCCCACUGGACCCCCUCCUCAAUCCUACUAUUACCAGCCCCAACAGCCCAGUGCUGUGCCUUCCGGAUAUCCACCGAUGGUUUCUGGCCAACCGGGAGCGUAUCCGGACCCCGGGCAAACACAGCAUUCCGUCACGCAUAAGCCCGCAGCACCAGUGGAAGAGAGUUUGAUUGAGUUAUAG